AUGUUGUAAGUACUCGCACGACAUCAUCAAUGCUGAGAAUAAAAAAGUUCUGAAGACUUACGAGUUGUCUGGCCUCGAUGAGAAUGAGCUGCGAGUCCUGCUUCUCCAGAGUGACCCUUUCCUCCUCCCUGAUGUCUGCCCAUCUUACAACUCAAAGGAUGGCACCUGCAGCCAGCAAAACAACUGCAACAAGCUUCAUAUUUGUCGACACUUUAUCCGAGGGGAAUGUAGAUUUUUUCCAUGCAAGAAGUCUCAUUACCUCUUGGAUACCCAUGCAUUGAGAGUGUUGGAAACCGGAGGCAUUGAUGUGAACAUAGUUUCGAACAUCCAGUCUAUAUAUGAUCACAAGCAUGUGGAACUCAACAAGGAGCAGAGGAAGGGGAAAAGUCCCAGUAACAAUGUACCUGGUCAGAGCCAACACCAGUUGCCAACAGGAGCUGGAGGUAAAGAUGAAGAUAAAAAAGACAAUUCCUCUGCUACAGCUUCGAAGGACAACAAACAAGAGAAGUGUGAUGAGCUAUGCGUGUUCUAUGUCUGGAGGUACUGCAAACAUAAAGAUAAAUGCAGCUUUGUUCAUUACCAUUUGCCAUAUCGAUGGCAAGUGUAUAACGGGAUCACCUGGAAUGACCUUUCCAUGAUGGAGGAAGUUGAAAAGGCCUAUUGUGACCCCAAAACCAGCAGCAUACCAGAUAAGAGCAUUAAUUUCCAGACAAUGACCUGCCGUUCUUAUUCGCUUCGACGUCUCUCUACACCAUCAUCAGUCACAAAACCCACAUUUGUGUUGACCACGCAGUGGAUUUGGUAUUGGAAGAAUGACCAAGGCCAGUGGAUUGAGUAUGGAGAACAGGGAGAAGGGGAUAGUGUGAAAUCGCCAUCUUCUGAUAUUAUUGAGAAUUUGUAUCUAGCAGAUCCAGAUGCCACCAUAUCUUUCCAGGCUGGCUUGCAGCAUUACCAGCUCAGUUUUAAAGAAAUGAUCCAGACAAACAUGUCUUUUAAAACUCGAAGACAGGUCUGCAGGCGACCAAAGUUUGUGUCUUCUGAAGAUGUGCAGAAGAUAAAGAAAGGCCAUACAGAUUCUUCUAUUCCAAAUCAAGCCUGUCCUACCCACUGGGAUCAAUCUGCACUACCUGACUUGGGAUACAAGGCAGUGGAGAUCAGUAAUACAACCUCUGAAUACAACAGAAUAAAGCAGCUGUUUCUUCAGACUAUGAAAAGCUACAAUGUCGUUAAAAUAAAGAGGAUUCAGAAUCCAUCCCUCUGGAAAGUGUUUCAGUGGCAAAAGGAGCAGAUGAAAAGGGAAAAUGGAGGGAAGGAAAUACAAGAAAGGCUCCUGUUCCACGGAACCAAGAUCCCCUUUGUGGAAGCCAUCUGCGUUCACAACUUUGACUGGAGAAUUUGUGGAUGCAAUGGAACUAACUAUGGAAAGGGAAGUUACUUUGCUAGAGAUGCUUCCUAUUCCCAUGCAUACUGUCAGCCUGCAGUGAAAACAAGUAUCAUGUUCGUGGCUCGUGUAUUGGUUGGAGAUUACGUUAAAGGCAAUGCAGCCUAUGUUCGCCCCCCGACAAAGUCUGUUGAUGGGCUUCGGUUUUAUGACAGCUGUGUGGAUGAUGAGUUAAAUCCCUCCAUUUUUGUUGUCUUCGAAAAAUACCAGAUUUACCCUGAGUAUAUAAUAGAGUAUGAGGAAGGAAAAAAAUGUAUUGUAUCUUAG